AAAUCCAAUUUAACAUGAAGCAUUUUGUCUUGGUCCAAAAUAAGAGUUACCUUUUCCUGGAAUUACCUGACGACACAAAAUGUGUUCGGCCUUCAUGUCAUCCCACGUCUGCAUUUAUUAAACAUGGAGGAUUGUUUAUAAUCCAUUGUUCUGGACAAAAAGCUGAAUUCAUCGUGCAACAGGACAGCUUGGAGAUGCAAGUGCCUGUGGUUAUAGAAAUCGAGAAGCCCCCGAGGGACAAUUAUUCAGUUCCAUACUGCUUCCUGUGUUUCGCCUGUUGGCUGGGAUGUAUCUGUCUUUCCCCGUGUAGCCUCGUGGCUUGUAUGUUCACAUGCAUUGCUGACAGUUGGAAAAGACGUGGACGUGAAAGUUCUCAAGUACGGUUAUGUCAGGCGGCGGCCAUUGCCUUCAGCCUCUUCACCAUCAUUGCUGGCAUUACUGCCUGGGUUUUCUUUUUCAUCUUCAUCUUUCCGUCUUUUUAUAGGAUGUAUUGGUAUCAGUAGAAGAUUUCGUAAAAACAAAGCUAUUUCGUUUCAAUUAAGUAAUUUUUAAGGGUCUUUUCUGUACUGAUAUGAGCUAAGAUACUAAAUCAUACACCUACUUUCAUCUUGAUAUUUUAAUAUUUUUUAACUAUAAUAUAAUAUCAUAUUAUGCUAUAUAUAAUAAAAUAUUAUAUACCAAUUUUUUCCACAGCAUCUGUCAUGUGCAAAUUAAAUAUACAUGACCCCCCACUGGCGUCGGAAGCAAAUUGAAAGUGGGGGGGGGGGGUAGACUAAUCCUCAGAAAUAUUGGAAGAAAAAAUAAUCCCAAAAUCAUGAAAAUCCUAAUCCGUGGGGAGGGGGGGGGGGGGGGUCGAGUAUACCUAUACUUCCAAAAAAAGUCUUAUGCCCCCAAAGAGUUCUUGUAUGUGAAACAUAUUAAAAUGAAUAAUAAACUACUUGAUAACCUUUAAUGAAGAAAUCAGAAGUCUCCUCUAUAUAUUUUAUUUCGGGUUUUUUGGUCAGCAUAUAAGAUUAUGUCCCCUUUCUUAUUCAAAGUCUUUGGUUUCUUGUAGUUUUGAGUGAUUUUGACAACCGUGUUAUAUUUAAUUAGUUUUAUCUUUUACUCGUCUUGCGAAAUAUAGUUUCAAAUACUGAUGAAAGAACGGAUUACAUAUCAUGAUUGUAUAUAUGAUUAUGAAUAUCAUAUCAAAAAGAGAGAUUAAAAUAAAAAUAGAAUAAAAAAUCAUACCUAAGUGAUACAUGUAUCGAUAUAAAAUUACGUUUUGAAUAACAUUUUUAGGAAUAUAUUGCCAAAAUGAUUAUGGGCGUGUUUUUUUUUUUAAAUCCUUGUUAUAAAGUGAUUUUGCAAAUUUGAAUAUGUGAUAUCAAAUAUUCAAUAUGCGAUAUUUACUAUUCAGCUUUUGGUUUAGUAAGUUCUUAUUCGAAUAGGGAAUACGUGUAUCCCCUAUUUGAAUAAAUGACACCAAUUGGUCAUAUAAACUUUCUAAACAGUUUAUAUAACAUAUUUGAUUUAGUUAAAUCACCUGUUUCAAUGUGUAGAAUGAAAAGUUAUAAUUUUUAAUGAACAACUUAAACGUACAAGCAAUCGUAGCCAAAAAUUCAAGUUGUAAUGUACAAAAGAAGGAAACGUGGAUUUUUUAGAUUUUAAAUCUGAUGGUUUUUAUUAAUUAUAAAUGUAUUUUUAUGCAAAAGGACACAGCCUGUCAUUUUUAUAGUGUCUCAAAUAUAUAUAUCUCUUUCAAAGCAGAUUGCCAUUAUUUUAUACAGUGUUUUUAUAUAAUGAAAUUUUAUUUGAUGUAUUGGCAUGUUACAUUUGAAUAAAUGAUUAAAUAUAC